CCUAUCCCUCCGUGAGCACUGAUGGUGGCAUAGAAGAGACGUUAGCUCUGCCUUGAAGAAGUAAAGCCUCGGCACGGGACGUUUCUGGCACGGCGAUGCAAAGCGCCGGUGCUUCGUAUGCGGUAGCUGUCAAGUGCCUCUAUGCGUUGCUGCUUAGGGGCCGCUCCUUCCCUAGUUCUACCAGACUCUCCAACCUGCCCCGGGACGGAGGCCGCCAACUUACUUGGGAAGGAGCGAGAGGAGAAAGUCAUCCUCGAGCCUCUUCGGCUUCCUUUUCCCAUUUAUUUAUGCUCCUCCUUCCUGCCGCUUUCUUCUCUCCUCCCUCCUCUUGUCCUCCGCCCUUCUUCUUGACACGCUUUCACCCUUUUUCUUCCUCCUCCUCCUCCUCCUCUUCUUCCGCCUGCACCUUUCUUCUUCUUCACGCCUCUUCACCCUUGCUCACCCACACUCUGCCCUUCUUCACACGUCUCAUCUUUCCAUCCGGCCUUCUUCGCGCUCCUCCCCCUCCCCCUCCCCCUUUCCCUUAACUCUCCGAUACCCCCCAGCCCUCCUCCUCCUUCUUCUUGUUGUGCUAGAAUCCCAGAUCAAAAUGGUGCUCCAGCUUAUCAAGUCGAUGGUCUCAAGUGGUGGCAAGAAUGCAGCGCCGCCAGGCACCUUCGAUCACAACAACAACGUGUCAGGAGCGUUGGCCGGCCAGGAUCUGGAGCUCGGCAACCUCUCCACUGAGACCCAGAGAAGCAAUGCCGCCAAUGCCAGCAAUCAUGACAACCAGCCACGCUUAGACGAGUACGAGUCUUUGAUUCGAUAUGUUGACGGCUAUCGAGAUCCCAGUUCGGAAGUGGGAGACGAGGGAAUCUUGCAACAGAACCAGGAAAGACCCUGGUGGGCCUUCUGGCGGCGUGGCCAGACCGGCUCCGCUGCCGCUUCUCCGAACGAUUUCGACGCGCCUGGCGACUGGUUGCACACGCCCGUCGAGGACGGCCUCUCCUUGGCCGAGGUCGAGCGAAGAAGGGCCUUCUCUGGCUGGAAUGAGCUGUCUGCCGAGAGGGAAAACAUGCUGCUCAAGUUCAUCGGCUUUUUCCGUGGUCCCAUCCUCUAUGCCAUGCAGGUAGCCGUCGUCAUCGCCCUGGCCGUUCAGGACUGGAUGGGAGCUGGAAUCGUCAUCGGUAUCUUGUUCUUGAACGCCACUGUCGCUUGGUACCAAGAAAAGCAGGCGUCUGAUAUCGUCGCUAGCCUCAAGGCCGACAUCGCCAUGAAGGCCCGUGUCGUACGAGAUGGCCAAGAGGUCGAAGUAAAGGCGAGAGAGCUCGUACCCGGUGAUAUUAUGAUCGUCGAGGAAGGGUACGUCGUCGCGGGAGAUGCUCGCGUCAUCUGCAGCUACGAUAACCCUCACGGACAGGCCCAGUAUGAAGAGGCGCUCUCCGCCCACGGUACCACCUCCCCCCACGACCAGCAGUCUGAAGGUAGUGAUAGCGGCGAAGCCCCUCGUGCUAUCGGUCACGCUAUUGUUGCUGUCGACCAGAGUGCCAUCACAGGUGAAUCUCUUGCCGUUGACAGGUGUGCGACCGAUACCAUCUACUAUACGACCGGCUGUAAACGCGGCAAGGCUUACGCCGUCGUCACUGCAGGCGCACAGGCCUCGUUCGUGGGCAAGACAGCUCGUCUCGUCCAAAGUGCCAAAGACUCAGGCCACUUCAAGGCCGUUAUGGACUCAAUUGGCAACACCCUUCUCGUCGUCGUCGUCUUCUGGAUCCUUGUCGCUUGGAUUGGGGACUUUUACCGAAAUACUCGUUUUGCCGCGGCCGAGGGAAGCUCACAUAGCCUCCUGAAGCAUACGGUGAUUCUACUUGUUAUUGGUGUCCCUGUUGGUCUGCCGGUCGUUACCACUACCACGUUGGCUGUCGGUGCCGCGUACCUGGCCAAGGAGAAAGCAUUGGUACAGAAACUCGCGGCUAUCGAGUCACUCGCCGGCGUUGACAUCCUCUGUUCCGACAAGACGGGUACCUUGACCGCCAACCGACUCUCCGUCCGGGAACCCUUCGUCAUGGAUGGCGUGGAAAUCGACUGGAUGAUGGCCGUCGCCGCUCUGGCUUCGUCACACAAUAUCAAGGUCCUCGACCCCAUCGACAAGAUCACCAUCCUGGCUCUGAAGCGAUACCCCAAGGCUAAGGAGAUCCUCAGCCAGGGCUGGAAAACCGAGAAGUUUACCCCCUUCGACCCCGUCUCCAAACGAAUCACGGCAGUCUGCACGCGCGACGGCGUGCGCUACACGUGUGCUAAGGGUGCUCCCAAGGCCAUCCUGGCUUUAACAAGCUGCGAUAAAGAGCAGUCCGCCCUUUUUGAGGAGAAGGCGACCGAAUUUGCUCGCCGCGGUUUCCGCUCCCUUGCCGUCGCUGUUCAGGAGGAGGACGGCCCUUGGCAGAUGCUCGGCAUGAUAUCCCUUUUCGAUCCGCCGCGUUCCGACACCGCCAAAACCAUCGCGGAGGCCCAGGCUCUCGGGUUGUCGGUGAAGAUGCUCACCGGAGACGCCAUCGCCAUCGCUAAGGAGACGUGCCGCAUGCUGGCCCUCGGCACCAAGGUCUACACCUCGGACGGGUUGCUCCAUAGCGGCAUGGCCGGUACAGAUAUCUACGACUUGUGCGAGAGGGCUGACGGAUUCGCCGAGGUUUUCCCUGAGCAUAAAUAUCAGGUUGUUGAGAUGCUUCAGCAGCGUGGUCACCUAACAGCCAUGACUGGCGAUGGUGUGAACGAUGCGCCCUCCCUCAAGAAGUCCGACUGCGGUAUCGCCGUCGAGGGUGCUACCGAGGCCGCUCAAGCAGCUGCUGAUAUCGUGUUCCUUUCCCCCGGUCUCAGCACCAUCGUCUCCGCUAUCAAGCUCUCGCGUCAGAUAUUCCAGCGGAUGAAGGCUUAUAUCCAGUAUCGCAUCGCCCUCUGUUUGCACCUCGAGAUAUUCUUGGUUACCACCAUGAUCUUGGUUAGAGAAACCCUUCGCGUUGAUCUCAUCGUUUUCUUGGCCUUGUUCGCUGACGUGGCGACUAUUGCUGUCGCCUACGAUACGGCACACUACGAGAAGAGACCAGUGGAAUGGCAGCUCCCCAGGAUUUGGAUCAUCAGCGCCGUUCUUGGCUCCUUGCUCGCCACCGGGACCUGGAUUCUGCGCGGCAGCCUCUGGCUUCCCAAUGGUGGCAUCAUCCAGGACUACGGCUCCAUCCAGGGGAUCAUCUUCCUGCAGGUGGCGCUGACGGAGAAUUGGCUCAUCUUGGUGACCCGCGGUUUCGAGACGUACCCCUCAUGGCAGCUAGUCGGCGCCAUCCUAGGCGUCGACGUCCUAGCCUCGGCCUUUACGGCCAACGGUUGGUUCUGCGACGGCCUGGGCGAGCCCUCGAUCCCGCCCGCGCUGUCCUCCAAGCUUUCGGCCGACGGUGCCACGGACACAGUGACCAUCGUCAUCAUCUGGAUAUACUCGCUUGUCUCGGUCGUAGCCAUCGCCAUCAUCUACCGGGCGAUGGUGGGCAUGAGCCGGCUCAACGACCUCGGCCGCAAGAAGAGACCAGCGCAGGACGCGACGACGGAAAAUAUGCUCGUGCCUCUCGGCCAAGUGACGGCGGAGCACGAACCCGAGGAUAGGGAUAAGGGCAGCAUCGCCAAGUAG